AUGGUGAAGGAGCGCAUCAGCCGAGGGAAUACAGAUUUCUCACCCCUGGAGGAAGACCAUGACCCAGAGGGAUGGAAGACUUGGAUGAUGCUGGAUGACUUCUAUUACCCCUCAAGAGACACUGGAAGGAAAUUGGAUGGUGGGAAGGGGUGCCAAGACAAUCCCGCUGUGGCAGGCGUUCUGGAAGCCCAUGAACUAGUCUGUACAGUAAUGGAGAAACCUCGGGUUGGAGAAGUCUUUGACUUGAAUCAGCAGGUGUGGUUCCUUCAGGGUCAGACCCUCGUGGCAGUUCCACGGAGCAACGGUGUGACUCCAGUCAUUGUCACUGUUGCCCCAUGCAAGAAUCCAGGCUCUCUUGAGAAAGACAAAGGGAUUCCCUUUUAUUUGGGAAUACAGAAUCCAGAAAUGUGGCUGCAUUGUGAGGACGUCGGAGGACAGCCCAAAUUGCAGCUGAAGGACCGGCAGAUACUGGAUCUGUACAACCAAGCUAAGCCCAUGAAGCCCCUCCUCUUCUACCAUGGCCAGACAGGCAUUACCUCCACCUUUGAGUCUGUGGCCUUUCCCAGCUGGUUCAUCGCCUCCUCCAAGAGAGGCCAGCCCAUCUUUCUCACUUCGGACCUGGGGAGAAUGUACAGUACUGCCUUCCAUAUGAAUUUAAGGAUUUAA